CAUAGCAAAUGUUUGGCCUGAGCUGGCAGUUUGUUAGCAACAUCCUUGAGAAAUGCAACGUGGUUUUAUGUAAAAGUCCUUUGUUUAAAGGGCUGCACUUUGCUCCAGAUUUCCGUGACUACAAACCAAGCAUCACUGCACCUUUCUGAAGUGUGCAGCAUGACAGAGCUCCACGAGGCUGUGGCUGUUGGGGACUACGACCUGGUGGAUGAGAUUUUGAGGACAGGGCGCUGCGACCCGAAUCACAAGGAUGCCGACUGGCACGACAGGACCCCGCUGCAUUGGGCUGCUGCAAAAGGGCAAUCGGAGCUGGUCAAGCUCCUCGUGGAUCAUGGCGCCCGGCAUUGCCUGCGAACUGAGGUGGGCUGGACUCCAGCUCACUUUGCUGCCGAGGCGGGCAGGCUGGGUGUGCUUCGCACCCUUCAUUCCCUGCACGCUGCCAUGGAUGCAGCCGACCUCUUUGGUGACACUCCCAAGAAGGUUGCAGAAAUCUAUGGUCACCAAGACUGCUCCAGGUUCUUAGAAAGAGCAGAGGUGGAGAGCAGAAACUAUCGCAGGACAGCUGCAAUGAAAGGAAUCCCAUUAGACCAGGUUGAUGAAGACUGGAAACUCAAGAAAGAAGAGCUUAAGAGAAACCCACCAUGUUCCUGGAAGAGCUAUACAUCCUUUGCGCAAAAGAAAAGUCCCAAAAAAAGGGAGAAGCAGUAGUGUGCCCUGCCUAUUUGGUGCCACUGACAACUUGCAGUUGAGAGCAAUGACCCUGACAGACCUCAAGUGUACCUGCAGGGUGAAAUAUGGAUGAACAGGAGCAGAUGGCCACCAGGAUGCAUCCCUGUGAUGUACUGUAAAUACUCUUGUUCACAGUGAGCACGUACAAGUGCCUCUUUCUGUCUGUGUGUCUGUAUGUGUCAGAUCACAGAAAACUGCAGAGGAUGUUUAAAUACACUCUUAUAUUCGAAUUCACUGAAAUGUAUAAAUUUACAGAAAUGACAGCCGUUUCUUACAGUGUCUGAGAGGGAAAUGGUUUUGCCCCUAACUGAUUAAUGAAAGUACCUGGGACUGUUCUGCUCACUCUGCUGAUGUUCAUGGCCUUUGCUUAUUUGCUCUCAUCCUGAGUCACCAGGAGGCUCUGUAGGGACUUGUAGCUUCUGGUGGUGCCUCUCACUUUGAGAGUGGGGUGUAGUUGUUUCUUCUGGCGGAAGGAGAGGCGCUGAUGUUGACCUUUUACUCUCGUUGCUGCUUUCAGACAUGUAUGGCUGCCAAGACAGUUAGAGCACUGCCUUAUUUUUAGCAGUGCUCCCAGCCAUUUUUAUAUCUAUGCUCAUAGGAAUGCUGUGGAGCUGGUGCUGAGCUGUCCCUCUGCACUUCAACACUCUUCAUGGGAAAAUACUUUUUAACUGUUUCACUUCUCAAUCAUAAAGAGUUUGGAUUUGACCCAGAGCAGUUUUCCAUUCCAUGCUAGCAGUGGGCAGCCAUUUGUUUUGAGUUCUGACAUCUUUUAUGUGUCUGCUUCGCCUGCUCUUGUAUAUCUGCCUCCUUUCCCAUCUGCUUCCCCUCCAUUACCCAGACCUUGUGCUUCUGGAGUGCCUUAGUUACAGGUAUCCUUUGCCCAGCACUUGAGCACUGCAGCUGUAACCAACAGUGCUGUGAUCCAUCUCCCUCUUGCAGAUUUCCAGGGAUUAAUUCAGCCAUCUACACAGAGGUGUCUAAGCCAUGAGGGAUGCUCUCAAGUACCCAGACUGACCCUGCAGGUAUACAGAAGAUCUUGUGCUGUAGCUCCCAACCCCAUGCAGAUGUCUCGGGUACCCUAGGCAUCCCAGAUGAGUCAAGAUGCCUAUGGAAAAAAAGGCAAGCUCCCAGCUUUGUCUUGAUCUUAAGGUCCUUUCCAACCCUAACCAUUCAAUAAUUCUGUGAUUUGUAAUUCCCAAGCCAUGUGAGACAUCAACUCCAUUCACAGUUGGCCUGACUGUUGAACUGGUGACAGUGCAAGUGGAGACACAUACUGGACAGAGUACCUCUUUCCAUACUGACAAACUAAACAGUGCUGUUUCUAGCCCUGAGGCCAG